AUGCGGAAUCUUCCGCCACCAGAGAGAUGUCCCGGCGGAAUAGAAAACGCGGUAAAUGCCUCAUGUGGUGGUGUGUACUUCUCGCCCAUCGUCUCUGGUGUUCUUGCAUAUAACUCACCUCGGCCUGACCGUCUCAUUUCACCGGAUACACUGCUGAGACGUCGUCGGGGGAAUUCCUUUGAACUGGCCACUCUGCUGUGUAGCCUCCUCCUCGGAUCAGGAUAUAGGUCAUUCGUGGUUUCAGGCUACGCGUCUCGAGAGGUGACCACAAACGACCAAACGCGAGUCUCCUGUCCGUGCGUGGUCCCCGAUAAGAAUUCCAGUGAUUCAUCCAAGAAUGCUGAGGAGAAGCCAAAGUACCAACUGCGACCUCCUGUAGACCUCCGGAGUCAAUUCCUAGUCCAUAUGGAUGAAGUUGAGGCUCUGCGGAAGGCAUCUGAGGAGGAAAAUCGCCAAGAAGAAGAGCGCCAACGUAUAGCUGAGCUAGAAAAAUUGCCUCCGGAUGAAUUUACCGGAAGACGUGUCCAUGCAUGGGUAGCAAUUCGCGACCGUGACACUGACCAGGUAUUUUUUAUUGAGCCAUCAACAGGAUUCCGAGUUGCUGAGCCUAGUACGAGUUAUUAUGGCAUUGAGUCAGUGUGGAAUCAAUACAAUUACUAUGUCAAUCGCCAAAAGCGAGAGGCCAUUGCAGAGGAAACAAUGAGAUGGGAUUUGGCAGAUAGAAAUGACUGGGAGCACUUUUUGAUGGAUGGUUACGAUGAGGGUCAUUUGCGGAUUGAGGAUGGAUCAAUCGCUGGUAUUGUGAUGGCCGAGAGACACUUGGACAUGCCAAUAUCGUGGGUAAAUCAAUUGAAAAUUGAGUUAGAAGCCUUUGAACAGCGCUUCCCAGCAGCAGAGAAGAGCAUCAAAUACAAGAGGGUCAUUUACGAGAGAUUUUCGCCAUACCGAAAGGAAAGUGGACUGGUAAAGAGACUAACGACAUACGAGACACUAAACUAUGAAAAUGAGAUGGAACAAUGGCAGUGGUUCUCCAACAGAAAGGACCUUUUGGAGAUGAUCAAAAUUGUCCAAGAAACAGCAACUUCUGAGGAAUUUUUCAUCAGAGGUCGACCUGAUUAUCUCAAGUACAUCUCAAAGCCCCUCGAUGAGAAGUCAAUUCAGCGGACUUAUGAGUUCUACGACGCCUUCCGCAUGGAUUCCCUAAACCGUCUAGAGAUCGAUUGUAACCGCAUCCGCGAAUUUUACACAAAUCGCGAUGACUUCCUGCACUUCCGGGAGUUCACCGUUUCCGUAAAUUCCAACUUCAAACAACUCGAAGCAUCUCAAAUUGAGUGUAUCGAGGAGAGAUUCAAACGCAACGACAAGAAAGCAGCUCUCAAUGAUAUUGCCACGAGAAAGUUUCGCAUCUCGGAAAAUCGUAUCACUUUGCGUUUUCACUACGAGAAGAAUUGCAUUACGGCUUCCACGAGGGAAUUUGUGAAGCCUGUAAAGCCCAAUUAUCAGGAAGAAGUAACUUUCGACGUGAGCAGUACGAAAGGAUAUCAAUUAAGCGAAGUUUCUUUCAACUCGCAUCCAAAAUUCCAAUGUACUGCAAUUUUUCAGUCGAAUAUCACAAGUUCAGCUCCAACAGCCGUGGAGCUAUAUCUAAUGCUGCUUGAGCAACUGGAGGCCGAGGAGAGUGCCAUUAAAUCCUUUCUAUCGCGAUGCACAGAGCUGAAAGCUCUGGAGGAGCUUCGGAGGAGGGAGAUGCAGAAGCCAACACUGAAAAUCAGCAUCUUUGAUCCACUGAGAAACGACGAAGCCAGACGUCUGAGAAUUGAAAGGUAUGAGAUGAUGAAACUGAGGGAGGAGUUGGCACAGAAGGAAUGUCCCGAUUUCUUGGCACCUUACCUCGUGGGUAUUCAAUCGGCGAGUGCUGAGCCACCCACUUAUGACACUUCCCUGUCGGCCUUCAACUCCUGUCUCACUGACAAGCGACAGCACUUCGAGGAACUUCUGCAGGAACUGCAGCAUCAGUACCAAGAGUUUGACUUUACGUUCCUUUUGCAGUUGGACAAUGAAACCAAGUCCCUGAGGAGCUUUGUGCUGCGCUUCCAAGACCGUUUUGACGAUGGUGACUUUGAGAACAUAAUAAAAGAAGGCGAGAGUAUCAAGCGCCACAGAAAUGUAAUUAAAAAUCGCAUGAUGAGCCUGAGGCAAGAGUCCCAGGAAAAGUACCAGCAAGUCAAAGAAGCUCUUCUGCAUGACAAGCGUCUCAACGUUGAAUUCCGGAAGCAAUAUUUGAAUGACAAGUAG